AGAAGACCGCCCACAGACCACAGGGCUGGAAGUGGGGCAGGCUCACUGGACUUCUCUGAUGAUGAAGAUCUCAUGGACUCUGGGUCAGGGUCAGGCAGUGAUAAGAUCAUCAAGUCCACAACUGCAACCACCACUACCACAAGGUUAGCCAAGACCACUGACCACCCACUGACCGACUGUGAGGCCAUGCGACAGUCUAGUCGAUCACUGCUGGGCAAGUAUGUACCUCGCUGCCUGCCCAAUGGAGAUUACGACUCGCUGCAGUGCCACGGAUACCCGGGCACAUCUGAGUGUUGGUGCAGCGACCUUCUAGGUCGUGAGAUCCCAGGCACACUGAUGGAAGCUCCUAACUACCCAAGUUGUGAUGAUGGAAACAACCUGCCUCCUUGUGUCCACCAACUUGUGAAGUAUUCAAGAAGCAAACUGCUGGGCAGCUUCCAGCCAGCAUGUGCAGUCGAUGGACAGUUUGACCGGGUCCAGUGUCAUGGAUCCAUGUGUUUCUGUGUGCAUGAAAGCACCGGACAACGCAUUACAGGCUCCGAGGUCCACAAGCCAGAGCAACCCAAGUGUGGUGCUGGUGUUGAUGAGAAUGUAGACAAGAAGGAGGAGAGCGAGAAGGAGGGGAGAAGACCUCAGGAUGAUAACAAGACAGGGACAGGUGGUGGUGAUGUCAGACUGAAACCAGGACAUGGUGGGCUUCAGGAAGAGGAAGUGGAGAAAGCCAGUGAAAUCGUGACACAGCCGGGUAUACUUGCAGGAAUUAUUGGAGGCUCCGUAGUCUUGUUCCUGUGUAUUGUGCUGCUGGUGAUGUUCAUCGUUUACCGUAUGCGCAAAAAGGAUGAAGGCAGCUAUCCACUGGACGAGCCCAGGAAAACACCCAACUACAACUAUGUCCGGGCACCAGACAAGGAAUUCUAUGCAUAG